AUGUCCUCCCUGGCAACCAACAGAGGCCCAGCUGUGCUAACUACCCUCUGGUCCCUAACAUCCGCAAGCCUCCUCUUCGUCCUCGCACGUCUCCUAGUCCGACUGCGCAUCCUCCAGAAAGCUGGAUUGGAUGAUAUCCUCAUCACAAUCUCAAUCAUCCUCGCCUACAUCUACGACGUGAUCCUAACUAUCGCUGUGCAAUUCGGCUACGGGCGCCAACAGUCCACACUAUCCUCGGAGGAACUGUCCAACUCGAUCAUGUUCAUCAUGGCGGGUUUUGCGCCGGGGUUGAUGUCGAUUGUUGUGCCCAAGUUAGCGGUUGUUGCCUUAUUGGCUCGCACCAUGAAUCCGACUCCGAGACAAAAAUGGUUUCUUUGGGGGACGGUUCUUGGGUCUGGGGUUCUGCUUAUGGGGUGUGUGGUUAUUCUGUAUCUGCAGUGUCGGCCUGCGAGCGAGAUCUGGGAGAUGAACUUCGCUAAAGGAAGUUGUUGGAGUAUGACUGUUUUGGUGAAUUAUUCGAUUGUUGUCGGUGGAAUCGCAGCCGCCGUGGAUGCAUAUCUGGCUAUAUAUCCCGCGGUGAUUAUAUGGAACCUGCACAUGGGGAUCAAGAAGAAGCUUGGGCUUAGUUUCGCUCUCGGCCUUGGAGCGUGCGCCUGCGUCAUGGCCGUAGUCAAAUGCACCCGCAUCCCGACAUUAUACAACAUGGCCAACAUCACCUGUACGCCUCCCUCCCUCCCCAGUCACAAAACCAAAAAAAGGAAAAAUAACAAAAACCAGAUGCAACAGCCGACCUCUUCAUCUGGACCAGGUACCUUCUCGCCCCAACACCAGUCCAAACCCAAUCUGACAAGGAACAGCAUCGAAUCAAACACCAUAAUAAUAGCCGCCAGCGUCCCAACAAUAGCCCCCUUGAUCGAACGGACCCUCGGCAGACGCGUCCUGGGCACAAGCCGCACAACCGAAAAAGACGACCGCACAGAGUCAAACCGGCAUCUCGCCCGCCCGCAAGCCCAACAGGUACAAAUCAAUCAAAACCAGAAACGGGCUCGCACUUGGUUAUCUGCGAUUAAUAUCGAGCAGUCGUACCAUGAAUGUUCGAUUCAGAGGGGGAGUAGUAGUGGGAGUCUAGAGGGAGUAGAGGGGUUGACGCCGACAGAGGGUGUGUUUGGGAAUGGGAUUCAGAGGAGGGAUGAUGUGAUUAUCGAGUAUGGGCGGUGGCCGGAGGGAAUUUGGGGGAGGGAGCGGUAUAUCGAGAAAAUCUAG